UCACACGUCGCCUUCCCUCCAUAAUCACGCGCUCAUCCCCGCUACGUUCACUAUAUAAGACUUCGUCAAAACCUGCUGCGCGCUAUUACAAAAGUGUCUUAGUGGUUUUUUUUUUCCUGACGCUUUUUUGAAAUCUUACAAGAUGCAAGCGUGGCUGGUGGCAGCUUGCGCAGUAAUGCUUGCGGCGUUGGCAGCGGCUCAGAAACCUGGCAGGUUCCUCUCAUUACCGGUGCCACAGAAAUGCGCAAACCGACCAAAAGAAUUCUUCUAUCGUGGUCACAACUAUUUCUACAGCGGUCACGUUCCUGAACUAGCAAACAGGAAAGUUGACUGGCUGGAUGGACGCAACAUCUGCCGAGAAUACUGCAUGGAUCUCGUGUCCAUGGAAACACAAGAGGAAAAUAAUCUAAUCUUCAAGCUUAUCCAACAAGGUGACGUGCCGUACAUCUGGACUUCUGGUCGUCUUUGCGACUUCAAGGGUUGCGAAUCCCGUAAAGAUUUGGAACCUAAAAACUUGCUCGGAUGGUUCUGGUCUGCUAACCGUGAAAAGAUUGGACCUACCAAUCAGAUUCCCAACGGCUGGGGCUACAACCCUUGGUCACAAACCGGUCACAAGAAGCUACGUCAGCCAGACAAUGCGGAGUUCGACAUCAAUGGCACAUCAGAGUCUUGUCUCAGCAUCCUCAACAAUGUUUACAACGACGGUAUCGCUUGGCACGACGUCGCGUGUUACCACGAGAAACCCAUCGUCUGUGAGGACUCUGACGAACUCCUCAAUUACGUAGCCAGCACCAACCCCGGCAUCCGUCUGUGAUUCCCAUAAUUUUAAACUAUAUAAGGAUUCUACGACACUUAGUUCUUAAAAUUAUGCAAAGAUAACAUUAUUAAAACAGAUUUCACUUCUUGAUCUAUAUUUUAAUAUGAACGGUUUAAAUUUUUAUAUCCAAUAAUAUCCGACUUGUCACCUGUUAUUCCAAUAUUCGAUCUCUCAGACAUACUGCCUUUUGAACGUACAGCUAUGUACAGUGUAGCCUUAAGUUUAUAUAAGUUUAACUAAGAUUAUUCACGUAAGUGACGAAUUUCUAUUUGUAUAUAAAAAUAAAAUGUCACAAAAAUA